AUGGAGGAUCUGGUGGAACAUUUACCCAAAUUGCCUGAAAUCCAGCAACAAAAGCUCACUAUUCCUGAAUUCGAUGAAAUUGAAGUCAGACCAACCGACUCAGUUGAAAUAAAGAAGUUCAUACGUAAGGUUAACUAUGAGUUUCUAGGAUAUCAUUGCAACCAUAAAGUUAUGGACAAAGAUUGCGAUAUGGUAUAUAAGAAUGUUUCUGACAUAUAUAAAUCGGAGGAGUUUAAGACAUACGACAACUUUGUUUCAUUAGUUGCUGAAUGUGUAUGGCAGAUAAGAGAUAAAGAUAGAAGAGGUAAAGUAUGGAACGGACAAAUAAAACCCGCAGCUUUUGAGUUAAAGAAAACCAUUGACGCUAUAGUUGUACUUGCAGGUCAAAUUUCAAUGUACAAUGCUAAAAUGAACCCACAAUGUUCUAAAUGUAAAGCAGCAAUAAGGAAAUAUAACUAUUCUGUCAAAGAGAUAGAACGUAUGCGAAACGACUAUGCUGACUUAAAGAAAGAAGCAGAGAAACCAGCAGAAAACAAAAUGGACAUGUUAGCAUUUCUGAACAAAAACUAUCCAACAGCUGACGAUUUCCUUCUGUCUGACGUCAAGAAGAAAUAUAAAGAGACUUUCGGCAUUGUUAAAACUUUUGAUAUCCUCAGCGAAGAAAUAGAAGCUACGAAAUUGUUUAGGAUUUCAAAUAUACAUCAUACAAUUCAUGUAAGACGCUUGUGA